AUGUCUGAACAUGCAGAUGAAAGGCCCGUCAAGCAACGGAAAGGGCACUCGCAACCGCUGCCAGAGGAGAUCCAAGUCCCGGAAGAUGACGACGCAUCAUCGACUACGUCUUCAUCUUCUUCGGAGAUUCUAAUGCCUAUUCGACACGCACAGCUUUCGCGUCGGGUCAUCGCUCCGCCUGGUGAACAUGAAAACUCUACCGAAGAAGAGGAUGUUGGAGCAGAAGACGAAGAGGAAACGACUACAUCCUCGGAAUCUGGAGACACAGAAGAGGAAAGCGCGUCAGAAGGAGAACCGUCUGAUGAAGAGGAAGCGGUGCAUGGCGAGGAAACGACGGCUCCACCAUUUACGAGAGGUGCAGUUCUCCAGCCAGAUCUCAAAUCGCGUCUGCAGGCUUUUCUGCCACAGCUCCAACAGGCAAAUGCUGAACUGGAGAGGUCGGGGGCAUCGCAUGACAGGAGGAUUGAUCAGAUAUCGGACGAUGCAGAACAGUAUAUCGAGAUGGACCUGGGUCUAGGGGUUCUGGCCGAGCAAGAAGGCGAAACUCCGGGAGUAAAAAUACCACGCGCGGAAGCGAUGGGUGACGAAUCAAGCGAUUCGGAAGAGAUGAGAGUCAGAGUCAACCCAUUGCAAGAUCAAUCCCAAAAAUCAAAAUGA